UUUUCUUCGCGUGAUUAGACUGGUAUCUAUAGAGGGCGGUACAGUCUGGGCGGCGUAUUCUAAUUCCCUAUAUCUGCCUUACUGAGAUCAAAAUUUUGUUCAGAUAUACUGCAGUGUACUAACUACUGACAACAUGAACAGACUGUUUUCUUGCGCAACGCUCCUCUGCGUCUUAGCGGUGACGCUCGCCUCUCUGCACGGCGACAACCGAUACGGCGGCCAUCAAUCUGGAAACUCCCUCGGACACAGGAGCUACUCUUCAGGAUUGCACUCUCGUGGGCCCUACGGAGGACCCUCUCGACCAGGAGCACCUUCCCACCCAGGAGCACCUUCCCACCCAGGAGCACCUGCUCAUCCUAGGUCUCCAGCACAUCCCGGUGCACCAGCAAGACCCGCCGCUCCCGCAUACAGUGCACCCAGGCACUACGGAACCGGACCAGCCCCCUACGCCCCAGCACACCACGCCCCAGCACCCCGCUCUACCUACGGAGGACAAAGUGCCUACGGUUCCGGACCCUCCCAUUACGGUCCCAAGCGCAGCGUUUACCAGCCUCAGCAGCAGCAUUCCAGCUAUAGCCAGAGCAGCGAGAGCAAGUCCCAGAGCCAUGGGCGGGAGAUGAAGUACACCAUCAACGAUCCCCACAGCCGAGGCACCACACAUGUGACCGAAACCCACAUCGUGAGCAACAAGGAGAUGCAUGGCGCAGAGGCAGAGGCAGCCAUGAAGAAGCUCAUGGGAUCUAUGGGAAGCAGCGGUUACGGACACGACGGCGGAUUCCAAGACUUCGUCAAGGGAAUGGGACUGCCCUUCUAUUGAAAGCACCUUCUUGGACAAUCUUAAUUUAUUUAUUUUAUUCUCGUUCAAUAUAGUUUAUUCGUGACUGUGGCUUUUCUACAUCUUAUAGUAUUUUUUUGUUAAAAAAAAGGGUAAUUAUCAUAGAAAAAUGUUUGUGUUAUCUGUAAUCGUUAUUUUAAUCUUAUUUGGUUUAUUUAAUCUCAUGGAUAUGUAUCUGAAAGAUGAAUUGAAAGAUGAAAAAGGAAAACCGAAAAA